AUGGCCAAAAAACAAAACGACCCUUUUGGGCAAAAGAAAAAACACAUUUUACAACAGCUGGAACAAACAGAUGUAGAGCAUCCGGAUGCCUCGCCGAAAGGUACUGUGGACGUGCCGCUGCUUCCGUUAAUUCAUCUCAUCAACUCGCAUCCAGAUAUGGUUACGACCUCCUCAUGCUCAGGUCGUGUGAGUGUAUUUCUGGAAGGAGAUCGAGUGGUUCCAGCUACAGUGGCAGUCACUGCUUCUGAGGGUUCAGAAAAUGCAGACACACGAGCAAAGAUUGGAGGCAAAGGGGCUGGUGGGAAAUGGAUAUUUGUGACACACGAUCCAACAGAGCUUGACACCGACGCAUGGCUCAAGCAGGUCAAGGAGUAUCAUGAGGAGAAUCCUUUGGCAGAGAAUACGGUGAAACGGUAUUUGCAGUAUAAGUUUGAAGCUAUGAUUCUGCACGUCAAAUGUCGCGACUUGGCAACAGCUCAAAAGCUCUACACAAUUGCAAUGGGAUGCGGGUUCCGAGAAACAGGAAUCGGGUCAAACGACCUGGUGGGGAUUCGAAUCUCAAUCCGGUUGGACGUGCCACUCGGGUACUUGGACACAGCAACCGGCCGGAUCCAUUUGCUUGUGCCGGACGACUACAUUCGAGAACUUGAUGAGAUGUCACUUGCACGAUUUCAAGAGAAUGCCCGGCGGCGGGAUACGCUGUACGCAAAAAUUGAGAAGAAUAUGUUUGUAGAUAGAGAGUAG